UGAGUAGUAAACACAUUGAGGAAUAUAUUUUUUAAAAUAACAACGUUUUUUGUGGGGGGAGAAAGAGCAUUGUUUUUUUACGUCCCUUUCAUAUGGUGAAAUUCUUUAAAAUAAAAGCCCUGACACUCAGUUCAGUGCUCUCUCGCCUCGCCGCCCGGGCACGCCCCUCUUGACGUUUCAUUUCACCGGCUUGUCAUUGGUCAGUUUCUGAAACGCUUGGCGCGCUUGUAGAAGAUGCACGAACUCUGUCAAAACAUUUUUGCUAGCUCCAGCCAGCCUCCAACUAGUCAUUGAACUAAAACCGGCAGCAAGAGCAUUAUUAGCAGUGAUGGAAGAGGCUGGUGCCCCCCACUUCCCCUUCCCCUACCAGCCAUACCCCAUCCAGGAGCAGUUCAUGCAGGCCCUGUAUGGGGCACUGGAGCACGGCAAAGUCGGCAUCUUUGAGAGCCCUACUGGAACGGGCAAGUCUCUGAGUCUGAUCUGUGGAGCUCUGAGCUGGCUGAGGGACCAUGAGGAGAAGAGGAGACAGGAGGCAGACAGACUGCUGCAGGGGGAUGGAGGUACAUCUCUCUCCAUCUCCUCAUCCCUCUCUACCACAUCAUCCUCCACCCCGUCAUCCUCCUCUGCUGAGCCUGACUGGAUCACUGACUUUGUGCAGAAGAAGGCAGAACGGGACUUUGUGUCUAAACUGAAGGAUGAAGAGCUGCGGAGGAAGAAGAGGGAGGAACACCUGGAAAUGAUCAGAAACAACUCUCAGCUGAAAUCCGCCCUGAAGAGAAAGAGCUGUGAGGAUGAUGAGGCAGUGAAGCUGCUGCAGCUCAGUAAGGACCCCCAGGAGGAGGAGGAGCUAAACAACCCUGAGGAGGAGCUUAUUGUGGCUGAGUAUGAGAGCGAUGACGAAUCAAAGACCAAGAACAAGUUCUGUGGUGGUGAUGAUGAAGAUGACUUGGUGGAGGAGCACGUCACCAAGAUCUACUACUGCAGCCGUACACACUCCCAGCUGGCUCAGUUUAUCCAUGAGGUACAGAAGAGUCCCUUCAGCCCGGACAUCAGCCUGGUCCCACUGGGGUCCCGACAGAAUAUGUGUGUAAAUGAGGAGGUGCGUCGGCUGGGAAGCGUCCAGCGUAUCAACGACCGCUGUAUGGAAAUGCAGAAGAACAAACACGACCAGCGUCCGAAGGAAGUGGAGGGUGGUAAGAGGAAGAGGGGUGUGUCUAAGGCGGUGUGUCCGUACGUAGGGGCUCAGGGGCUGCAGACACUGAGGGAUGCAGUGUUGGGGGCGGUACGAGACAUAGAACAGCUGCUCAGCCUGGCCAGAGAAACACGCUCCUGUCCCUACUACGCUACACGCCUCGCUAUACCCCCCGCACAGCUGGUGGUGCUGCCCUAUCAGACAGUACUUCAUGAGGGGACGAGGAGAGCAUCGGGGGUGCAGCUCAAAGGACAGGUGCUGAUUAUAGAUGAGGCUCACAACCUCAGUGAUGUUCUCUCCUGUAUACACAGCUCAGAACUAACUGGAGCACAGCUAUGCCGUGCACACUCCCAGCUUGCACAGUACUCUGAACGCUACAGGAGUCGACUGAAGGCCAAGAACCUGAUGUACAUUAAACAGAUCCUUUUUGUGGUGGAGGGGCUGGUGCGUGUGCUGGGAGGUAAGGUGGGGCAGAAUCCACACAGCCAGAUUACUCAGCCAGCAACCGAACUGCUGACCAUCAACAACUUCCUGUUCAAGGCUCAGAUAGACAACAUCAACCUCUUCAAGGUACAGCGAUACUUUGAGAAGAGUAUGAUCAGCAGAAAGCUGUGUGGCUUCAUAGAAAAGUAUGCAGGUACAGGUGUGACGUCACACACACAAACCACACAGACACAGUCUGCCAACAAAGAGAACCGUCGGACUGAAGGCCUGAACCGCUACCUACAGACACUGCAGAGCAGCCAACAGCCUGACAUAGAGUCACCUUCAGGCCAGCAGGGAGCAGCAGAGGACAGGGAGCUGGCAGCAUCCCCUAUGAUGCAGGUAGAGGGCUUCUUCAUGGCUCUCACCAACACCAACACUGAUGGACGUAUGGUGCUACAAACUCAAGGUAGUGUAGCGGUGAGUAGUAUGAAGUUCCUCCUGUUGAACCCAGCGGUCCACUUUUCUCAGGUGCUGAAGGACUGUAGAGCUGUCAUCAUCGCUGGAGGAACCAUGCAGCCUGUGUCUGACUUUAAGCAGGAGCUGUUGUUCUCUGCUGGUGUUGAAGCGGAGCGCAUCAUAGAGUUCUCCUGUGGUCAUGUGAUUCCUCCAGAGAAUAUCCUACCCAUAGUGCUGUGCAGUGGCCCGUCUGGUCAGGAGCUGGAGUUCACCUUCCAGAACAGAGACACACCACGCAUGAUGGAGGAGACUGGCCGUGUGCUGUCUAACCUGUGUAACGUGGUGCCAGGAGGCGUGGUGUGUUUCUUCCCCUCCUACGAUUACUCCAGAAGGAUUCUGGAACACUGGGAGGCCAGCGGAGUCCUGACACGCCUCUCUAGCAAGAAGAAGAUCUUCCAGGAGCCAAAGAAAGCCAACCAGGUAGAAAAGGUGCUCAAUGAGUUCUCACGCACAAUCCAGAGGUGUGCUGUGGAUGGGGGUACACUCUCUGGAGCGUUGCUGUUCUCUGUGGUCGGGGGAAAGAUGAGCGAGGGUAUCAACUUCUCAGACGACCUAGGCAGGUGUAUUGUGAUGGUAGGGAUGCCAUAUCCAAACAUCAAGUCUCCAGAGUUAAAGGAGAAGAUGGCUUACCUGGACAAGAACCUGCCUCACUCUGGUGGGAGAAGUCCAGGCCAGGCUCUGAUAGAGAACCUCUGUAUGAAGGCUGUCAAUCAAUCCAUAGGUAGAGCCAUCCGUCACCGUGAAGACUAUGCCUGUAUCGUUCUGUGUGACCGACGGUACUCCCGACCUGCAACGCUGGCCAAACUCCCCGACUGGAUCAGAGCACACACGCACACACACACCAGUUUUGGCCCUGCCUUCGCCGGCCUGAGACGGUUCUUUAUGGAGAAGAAGAAACAGCAGCAGCUAUGAGAGGAAGGGGUAGCAGGUGUUCUGGUGUGUAACGCUGGUCAGAAGAGAGCUACCUCACCUCUCCGAUAUCCUCGCUCUGGAGACAGGACUUGUGAUUGGAUUCUCCUCGAUUGGAGGGAUGUUAAAGCAUGAUGGUUAAGGCUCUUUGUAUGUUUCACACACAUACCUCUCCAACAGAUCAGUCAACUCUCCAACAGAUCAGUCAACUCUCCAACAGAUCAGUCAACUCUCCAACAGAUCAGUCAACUCUCCA